AGAUGGAUUUAGAUGCAAAUAUUUGCGUGCGUUCGGUUGUUUAAAAUCUUAUCCAAAUUAGCAGAAAUAAAGGAUAUUUUACACUUAAAGUAAACAAAGCGCGAAAAAAAAAACGAAAAAUAAAAAAUUCCACAAUGCGCGAAUAAAAACAAAAACUAAAAGCAAUCAAUAAUUUGCUCACAGCACAUAAGUAAUUAAUUGAGUUUUUUUGUUUGUUUUAACCCCCGUUAGAGUUGUUUUAAAUCGUCAACCUUCGUCAUUCUGAGCGAUGGCAAACUGAAUUAUUACUAAAGAUUAUAACUGGAUUAAGAUAACACGUUUAAAAAAUUCUUUUUGAUGGUUUCUCACUAUAAGUGAAAAAAAUAACAGCUAUUAUGUUUUUCAGACUUCUUCGAUAAGGUUUUGUGGUUGUUGUUGUUGUUUUUAAAGAAAAUACGGUUCUUGAAGAAAAUAUUUGGAACUUAAGUGAUUUUGUUAAACAUAGUUGUAAUUUUAACAGAAAUGAAAUAAAUUCAACAACAAAGAGAUUUAACACAGACAUGACGAGAAUUUCAAAUACUUUUGUACCAUUAUCUCUUUUAUUGACUUAUAAUAUUUGUUCCAUUAUAAAAAUAGUAUAUGGAAAUGGUGAAUCUGAAAGUGAGUGGCACAACACGUGGAAAUGUGUUCCGAUACGUCUUGAUUUUUGCAAAGAUGUAGCGUAUAAUGAAACAAUAAACAUGGAAGGUGGUAUUUCUAAUCCAUAUACAGAUAAAACAAAUCAAGAUGAAAUAAAAAGUGAGCUAUCUCAUUUUACUCUAUUGUUAAGGACGGGAUGCUCUGUGCACUUGCGUUUGUUGCUAUGUAGUGCUUAUUUACCCUAUUGCAGUCCAAAAGUAGAAAAACCUAUUACUGCUUGUCGGCCUUUAUGCGAGGAAGUAAAAAGAAAAUGCUUAAAACAUAUGGACACGUUUGAUUUUGGAUGGCCUUCAAGUCUAGAGUGCUCCAAGUUUCCCAAAAAGAACUCUAUCGAAUCUUUAUGUCUUAAUGGAGGUCUAACUUCUUUAAAUGCAACAAAAGAAAUUUCGGAAAAGUCCGUACUCUCGACAAAAAGCAAGUUUUCUAAAAUAGAUGAAAAAAUAUAUACACUAAAUCACAGUCCAACUUCGUCAAAAGAAAUUGAUAAUCACAUUCCUUGCAGUCUUGGUUAUUCAAGAAACAGCAAGAAUUACUUUUUUUCACAAAAAACUAAAACCUGCGUAUUAGAUUGUUUUAAAAAUGGUUUGUUUUCUUCGGAAGAAAAAGAUAGUGUUGAAAAAUGGAUGUCUGCUUUGUCUAGUUGUUGUUGUUUAAUAUGCUCUGUUGCUCUGGUCGUUUCCUUGGUCGAAUACAAACGAGUUUUAUAUCCAGAAAAAGCGGUUGUUUUUAUCACAGUGUGCUUUGUUUUUUAUUCAAUCGGUCACAUUAUCCGAAUUGUUUAUACUCGAGAGAAUAUUAGUUGUGGCGAAGAAAAUGGAAAAAAGUAUAUGCUUCGUGAUGGCUCCACAAACGUCGCGUGUUCCUCAAUUUUUGUUUUAUCUUACGGAUUUUUUAUGGCACAGAAUAUUUGGUGGGUUAUACUAACAAUCACGUGGUUUUUAAAUUCUGGCUUGAAAUGGAAAAAGCAAACAUUGACAAAAAAUGUUAAAUACUUUCAUGUCGUUGCAUGGGGUAUUCCUUGCGCUAAAACGCUUGUGAUACUAGUUUUACGAAAGAUAGACGGAAACGAACUAACAGGAAUGUGUUCAAUUGGAAAUCACCAUGAAAGGCUAUCGUCGCUGAGUGGUUUUGUUUUGGGCCCUCUUUUUACUUAUCUUCUUACGGGAACUAUUUUUUUGCUUUUCGGAAAAGUUGUUUCAUUCAAGUUGUUAUCUAGUUCAUCGGAUAAUUCCAAAACAUUUUUGUUUAAGCAGGAAAAUAAUUCAGUUGGCCCUUUAGCAGUUUCACACGCUUUAUUUUCUGCUUAUAUAUUGUCUAUGUACUUUUAUGAGUAUUUUAAUAAGACACUGUGGCUUAAUGAUGUGUAUUUAGAAAGACCGAACUUUUAUUUGUUUCUUUUGAGAAUUAUUUUUGAGUUUAUGAUUGGAAUAACUGCUGCCGCAUGGCUUUUAAUAUUAUAUCUACCUGGGUUUUGUAAGAAACUAUUACGCAAAAUUCGUUCUUCGAACCAUCCAUCGCCUUUACUUUCGAGAUUUUCAUCUCGACCUAAUGAAUCUUUUAUUUAGAUUUUCUACAUAGAAUGUAUUAAUGCUUAAGAUAUUUUUAAAUUUCUGUUUAUUGUUUGCAAGAAACGAAAAAAUAAUGAAACUUA